AGUACUUUGUGAAAUGACGCCAGUGACGGACUGUUUCAUCACUUUGAUACAUUCGUCAAAUUUACAGAGCGAGUUGCGAAUGUUGACCAGCGUCACACGAUGUUUUUUUUUUUUUUUGUAUUCUGAUUUGCUUUUAUUGUAUCCUUAAAGCCACCCGUCAUGUACUUCAACUCUGUUUCUCAACUGACCUCAUUUUUGGAUUGGUCUGAAUCCAAAACUCUUUUAAUGCUGUAUUCAUUUCUUCAGGCGAAUGAAUGUGUGAUGAAGUGCGCCUCAGAAUGCCGUCAAGACCAAAAUACAACAUUUGCUGUCCCGUAUUUCACGAUCGGGAGCUUGUGUGUGUGUCCCCGGCCGUCAUGAAUGGUCCACCACGAGUUGUCCCGCCUCGUUGUGACGACAAAUAUAACUGGGGGUCUCGGUGGAGGAGGUUAGAAGUACACGGCGCUGUCAAACUCAUCUGAUUGAAGUUCUGGGAACGGAGGGCAAUUGGAAGAAAUAUUAAAUUGGAAGAGGAGCAAGUAUAUCGAGGGACAUACGCACAAUAGAAUGACACCGGGGGUUGCAGGAGCUGUGCACCUCUGUCCAUUCGGAAAGCAGCAUUUGUUGCACUGCUCGCGGCGCCAUGCCCAAAAAAGGCCUGAGGGGGACGCCAUUUAAAGUUACAGAUAGCAUGUGCAUGAGAUAGCGUGUGCUUAGCUAUUUGCAAGCAAAGACUUGGAUCAGCAGGACACCUUUACGAACUAUGAUGGGAGAUCCAAUCCAGUUAAAAGAUGAGGGAAACAAACAUUUCCAAGCAGGAGAUAUUGACAAGGCUAUUGAAUGUUACACCAAAGCCAUCAACCUGUGUCAGGACAAGAAGGUGCUGGCUGUUAUUCACAGAAACAGAUCUGCAUGCUAUCUAAAAAAGGAAAACUAUUCCAGUGCGGCCUCUGAUGCAUCCAAAGCCAUCGAUGUCGACGCAGCUGAUAUCAAAGCAUUGUACAGGCGCUGCCAAGCUCUGGAGAAGCUCGGAAAACUGGAUAUGGCCUUCAAAGAUGUACAGAGGUGUGCGACCAUUGAACCGAAGAACAAAAACUUCCUGGAGACCCUCCGCCGUCUCGGGGCUGAAAUCCAGACUAAGCUCAAAACAACGUUUUCCACAGAUUCAAGGGUGCAGAACAUGUUCGAUAUCCUCCUGGAUGAAGAAAUGGAAAAGGACAAGAAGGAAAAGGCCGCCAACAACCUGAUUGUGCUAUCCAGAGAGGAUGCAGGAGCAGAGAGAAUCUUCCAGAAUAACGGCGUGCCUCUGCUUCUCAACAUGAUCGAGACAGGAAAGCCAGAGACGAUCCUUGCGGCUAUUCGCACUCUUUCGGGAAUGUGCACAGGACACAAAGCUCGGGCAAUGGCCAUUUGUAACAUGGUGGGCAUUGAUAAAUUGUGCAGUAUUAUGGCACUGGACAACGAGGAGAUUGCACUGGCGGCAUGCAAUCUCUUCCAAUGCGUCAACGACUCCCUCACAGGCGGGGAUAGAAGAGAAUAUGGGAAAGAAGAGUCCUUGGUUUUAGAUGCCUCUAAAGACCUGAAGACUAUCCUCCUAUCUUUGCUGGAGAUGGUCGGGAGUAAAAAAGUGUCUGGCCACGGCCGAGACCAAGCUUUGAACCUCCUGAGCAAGAACGUCCCUCGCAAAGGAAAGAAAGAGCCCGACAACUCAAGGGCCCUCUUCACUAUUGAUCACGGUCUGAAGAAGAUCCUCAAGGUGUGCGGUCAGGUUCCUGAACUGGCCGAGCAGUUACCCUUGACUGAGAACACACAGUUGAUUGCCAGCGUGCUCCUCAACCGGCUCUACGAUGACCUCACGUGUGACCCAGAGAGAAAUAACUUUAGGGAUAUUUGCGACGAGUACAUAAAAGCCAAAAUCGACCCGAACGACAUGGACAAGACAAUUCACGCCAUCAACGUGAUUUCAGGGCUGCUGCAAGGUCCGUUUGAAGUCGGGAACGCCCUGGUCGGAAAGCAAGGCGUCAUGGAGAUGAUGGUGGCGCUGUGCGGCUCCGAACGGGAGCUGGACCAGAUGGUGGCAGUGGAGGCGCUCAUCCACGCCUCGACAAAGAUGAGCCGCGCCAGCUUCAUCAUCACCAAUGGCGUGUCACUGCUUAAGGACAUCUAUAAGAAGACCAAAAAUGAGAAGAUUAAGAUACGCUCCCUGGUGGGUCUCUGCAAGCUGGGCUCAGCAGGAGGUGAUGACUACAGUUUAAGACAGUUUGCUGAGGGCUCCACUGAGAAGUUAGCCAAGCAGUGCAGAAAGUGGCUUUGCAAUCCCCAAAUCGAUUCCAAAACAAGGAAAUGGGCCAUCGAAGGUUUGGCUUACCUCACGAAUGAUGCCGAUGUCAAAGAUGACUUUGUUGAGGAUGAGCAAGCGUUGAAAAUCAUGUUUGAACUGGCCAAGUCUCAAGAUAAGACCAUCAUAUAUGCGGUGGCCUGCACCUUGGUCAACUGCACCAACACCUACGAAAAGAAAGAGAUCAUCCCCGAGCUGGUACAGUUGGCAAAGUUCUCCAAACAGCACGUGCCGGAGCAGCACCCCAAGGAUAAGAAGGAUUUCAUUGAGAAGCGAGUGAAGAGGCUUCUCAAGGCUGGAGUCACAUCAGCUCUUGCCGUAAUGGUCAAAGCAGACAAUUCCAUCCUGACCGACCAGACCAAGGAGAUGCUCUCAAGGGUUUUCUUGGCAUUGUCGGAGGAUCCCAAAGAUCGUGGUACUAUCGUUGCCCAAGGUGGAGGAAAGGCUUUGAUCCCUCUGGCCCUGGAAGGGACCGAGGCCGGAAAAGUGAAGGCCGCUCACGCGCUUGCCAAAAUCGCAGCCAUUUCAAACCCAGAAAUUGCCUUUCCUGGCGAAAGAGUGUAUGAGGUGGUGAGGCCAUUAGUCAACCUCCUCCACGCAGACCGAGAUGGAAUGCAAAAUUUCGAAGCCCUGCGAGGCCUCACCAACUUUGCCGGAUUCAGUGAAAAACUAAGGAUAAAGAUCGUGAAAGAGAAUGCGCUACCUGAUAUUGAGAGCUACAUGUUUGAAGAGCAUGAGCAGAUCAGACAAGCCGCCACGGAAUGCAUGUGCAACCUCGUCACAUGUAAAGAUGUGCAAGAGCGCUACCUGACGGAUGGUAAUGACAAGCUGAAGCUGCUGGUUUUACUUUGCGGCGAGGAUGAUGACAAACUUCAGAUUGCCGCUGCCGGAGCACUUGCUAUGCUUACUGCUGCUCAGAAGAAGCUCUGCACUAAGAUGACGCUUGUGACCGUCCAGUGGCUGGAGAUCCUCCAGAGGUUGUGUCUCCACAGCAACCCAAUGAUCCAGCACCGUGGCCUGGUGACCGUGUACAACAUGCUCCACUCGGACGACAGCGACCUGGCCAAGAAACUCAUCGAGAGCGAGCUGCUGGAAAUCUUGUCGGUCAUCGGCAAGGCGGAGGACAACCCCAAGAGGCAGGACGUCAUCGACGUGGCGAGGUCUUGUCUGGUCAAGGCUUUGGAUCUGGGGCUCAUCAAACCCUUCUCCACCCCUUCUUAAACUUUGCCCAAUAGACAUUCUUCCUUUUUUCAUUCAACAGUUUUCAACAUAUUUUUCCACAUUGAAGAAAUAACUGGAUGAUUGAGCUGGCCAAGAAAAUGCAUUACUCAAAUUUUAACAACAGCGUUAAUUUUUUUUGUUACCUUCAAAAUAAUACUGAUGCCUGAUUUGUAUUUUCUUAUUUUAUAUUUAGUUUUUUGGCAUCACAGAGAAAUUCCUUAUAUAGAUUUGGACUUGUUUUACGUUGAGAGUGUAUGUUUUCCAUCAACAAAUAAUCUCUUUGAGAAAAUGUAACAAUUCCAUAAUCAAUUUUAAUGGGAUUACAUCAUGUACAAUGGUAUUACCUGUUUGUUUAUGUGACAAAACCUUGACUAGAUGUGACAAUUUUAAGGCUUGUGUACAUUUUAAAAGUGAGUUUUCAUUUCAUUUUUAUUCUUGUAGCCCUUCAAGCUAUUGCUGUAGGGUUGUGCCAAGUGAUUGCAGACACUUAUUUCUGCACACUUGUUUUAUGUUCACGCUUACCUCACAAGCAAAUGGGGACUAAAGCAAUAGAAGAGAAAUGUGUCUCUUGUCACGAUGUGUUGCCAGAAAAGAUAGAUGAACACACUCAUUAUUUGUCGUAAAUAAAUAAGUGAAGUUGGAUAA